GGUGGGAGGCCAGCGGCGGCCGGGGCGGAGCAGGGAGGCCCGGGUGGCCCAGUCCUUCCGCAUCUGCCCUUCCUGUCCUCUCUGCCUACAGGCGGCCAGAGUCGAGGCGGCGGCUUUGAGCCGGUGCACCUCGGCGAAGGCCACUCUGAUCUGGACCCAGGACGCCCCCAACCGUCUCUGUAGGGUCUCCGGUCCUCUGCGGCCCUCACCUGCUGGGUGGUCCUCAUCUGAAGCCUGGCCCUCCUGGGCUUGCUUUCCCACAUACCCAGGGUCCUGGCUCAGGGCCUCCUUCCUGACAGCCCCGCCGAGUGUGCAGAUCCCCAGGGGCACUGGCUCACACCCAGUCUAAGGCUAGUUCUAGCGGGCUGGGAGGGUCUUGCUCAUCCCAGGGAGCCCAGGCCCCUGGCCCAGCAGGCAUCUGGGAGCUGAACCUGAGCCCUCCUGGCCAGUCACUCUCUGCUGGCGCAGACAUCUGGGGCUUUGAGACUGGGGAUCCGGUUGCUGCGGUGGCACUUGCUAAGGUGCAGGUCUCCUCUGCUGAGAUGUGUUUGGGAAUUCACACCUUGGCCGGGAGAGGUAGAGUGCGGUGCACAAAGCCACGGCCCAGGGCCUCUCUCCAGAACUCCGGCUCCGGCUGUGAGGCUGUGUGGUGUGUCUGUCCCGGGGUGCCGCUCUGUCUUGGGGGUGCUUGGCUAUAACCGCAGCUGCUGGGCCUCCCUCUGGCCUUGGCCCCAGGCCCCUGUGUGGCUGAGGACUGAGAGCCACUGUCCUUCUCUCUGGGCAGCUGCUGCCUCCAUCCUGGAUGGGUUGGACCCCAGACUUUCUCACUCUUUGAGGCACCAGGGGUCUAGGAAGAAGCUGGUUGUAGGAUGCCUCUUGUCAGGCGAGCAGCUGUGUGGCGCCUCCUCCCGUGACUGGUGGCCUCUCUCCUGCUCUCCAUUUAGAGUUCGGGGUCUGGGUGGGGUAGGUGUGGUUGUGGGAGCGGCACAGUGGGGACAGUGCAGCUUUUCUCUGGGGCACGAGCCAGAGGUAAGAGGUGCAUGUGGCUAGUAGGCUUCUGGCUUCGGGGCUGGUGCCAUGCAGCCCACGGGACAGAGGACAGACGGACACCCUCUGGUAGCUGGGGCCCAGGGCAGACAGGCCAUUGCUGACCGUGGUGAAGGAGUGACAUGAGCUGUGCAUGACUAGCUUCGGCUGAGCAGAGCCCUCUAGGCUCCCUGUGGUGGGUGGAAUGUGGCUGGAUGGACAGCUGGGGUGCAGGAUCGAAGGAGCCCCUUCUGAUAAUCCUGACUAUAAAAGUACCCGCUGAGCCCUGGGUAGGGGAGGAACAGGUCAGGUCACGGGCCAGCCUGGGAGUUGCUCAGAGCGGGUACCAAGCAGCUUGCCCUCCAGGGGCAGAGGGGGUAUGGCUGCCUGGGCUGCUGGAGGGCUCCAGGCCUGCCUGGGGUGGGAAAGGAAAGCCGGGGUUCUUUGUCUUUCACUCGGAAGAUACUUGUUGGGCUCCUGCUACCAGCCAGUGAUGCAACAGGGAGGCCCCCCAGGAGGACACAGAGGAUGGGGGCACAGGCCUCUAAACGCUUGACUGAGUGAUGACCUGCACUCAGCCUUGAGGAUGCUGGCAGCUGUGGGAGCUGAUGUGGAAGAAAGCCAGGGAAGGAGCCGUUUUCCUGGAGCCCAGGUCUCGACCAGCCUGUAGUUGGCGCUCAGGCGGGGCUGCCCUGUGUUCUGCUCCCGAGGUGGGCGACAAGGGAGGGUGAGGCCCAAACUGCAGCCCCAGCAGCCCCAGCUCUGCCAGCUCCCUGAACUCUGGCCAUGGGCUGGGGACCAACGCAGGGGUCCUCCGAGCAGGCCUGGGAGGUGGGCGUGGUCACGCCUGUCGUGUUACAGAUUUGGAGAAAGGACAGAGGGAAGUGGUUCGCAGGCCAGAGCUGUAGAGAAGAGAUGUGUUCCAAGGCCGGGCGUCCAGCCAUCCGGGUGACCUGUACAGGGUCCUGCAGGGUCUCCAACAAGGCCAACGACGCGGCGUGGGUGGCGGAGGAGGGCUACUUCAACAGCGCUCUGUCCCUGGCCGACAAGGGGAGCCUGCCUGCUGGAGAGCACAGCUUUCCCUUCCAGUUCCUGCUUCCUGCCACAGCGCCCACGUCCUUUGAGGGCCCUUUUGGGAAGAUUGUGCACCAGGUACGGGCCACCAUUGACACGCCACGUUUUUCCAAGGAUCACCAGUGCAGCCGCGUGUUCUAUAUCUUGAGCCCCCUAAACCUGAACAGCAUCCCAGACAUCGAGCAACCCAAUGUGGCCUCCACCACCAGGAAGUUCUCCUACAAGCUGGUGAAGACAGGCAGCGUGGUCCUCACGGCCAGCACCGAUCUCCGAGGCUACGUGGUGGGGCAGGUGCUGCGGCUGCAGGCUGACAUCGAGAACCAGUCAGGCAAGGACACCAGCCCUGUGGUGGCCAGUCUGCUGCAGAAAGUGUCCUAUAAGGCCAAGCGCUGGAUUUAUGACGUGCGGACCAUCGCAGAGGUGGAGGGUGCCAGCGUCAAGGCCUGGAGGCGGGCUCAGUGGCAAGAGCAGAUCCUAGUGCCCGCCCUGCCCCAGUCGGCCCUGCCGGGCUGCAGCCUCAUCCAUGUGGACUACUACCUGCAGGUCUCCCUGAAGACUCCGGAAGCCAUUGUGACCCUGCCAGUCUUCAUUGGCAAUAUCGCUGUGAACCAAGUUCCACUGAGCCCCCGGCCAGGCCCAGGGCCACCUCCGGUAGUGCCCUCUGCGCCACCCCAGGAGGAGGCAGAGGCUGUGGCCAGUGGACCCCACUUCUUCUCGGACCCUGUCUCUCUCUCCACCAAGAGCCACUCGCAGCAGCAGCAGCCGCCUGCAGCCUUCGGCUCUGUGCCUGGCGCCCCUGAACCCCAUCCUCCGGAUGGCAGCCCCGCCCCCCACCCUCUGCCCCCUCCCUUGUGUAUCUCCACAGGUGCCACCGUCCCCUACUUUGCAGAGGGUUCUGGAGGGCCGGUGCCCACCACCAGUACCUUGAUCCUACCCCCGGAGUACAGCUCGUGGGGCUACCCGUAUGGUGAGUGGGGGCCUGGGGCCUGGCGGGGAGGGGGCGCCACGGGCCCCUUGCAGACCCGCCUCUCUCCCUGCAGAGGCCCCACCAUCCUAUGAGCAGAGCUGCGGCAGUGUGGACCCCUGCCUGACCCCCAGGAGCUGACCGCAUGUCGCCUUCUCUGGACGGGCUGACCUCUGUCCUGGGACCUGGCUCCCAGGGCCUUGUGCCUUCACUCCCGGCCUGGCCCGGCCUCCUCAGGACCCGCCGCUGCCCGGCCGUUCCCCGCGGCCUCUGCCUCUGGCCCAGCCUCCGCGGCUACCCUGCAGUCGGGCUCUCCCCGGGGGUUGGGGGCCUAGAGAGGCGCGGUGUAAAUAAAGCGCAUCAUCUGUA